CCUCCCUGGACACCUCCGCCUGCCUGGCCGGCUGGCCGCUGCUGCCCAUGCCGCCCGCCGUGCGCUGGUACUACUGCUGCGAGCUGGCCUGGUACCUGCAACUGCUGGUGAAACACCACCUAGGUGUGGGUCUGCCCGACAACAAGCUCAUGGUUGUUCACCACGCCACCUCCAUCUACCUCAUCCUCAUGUCGUACUGCUUCAGCAUCCACAGACCAGGCGUACUGAUGCUGGCGCUGCUUAACUCCUCCACACCGCUGCUCCACAUCUCCAAGACCGCCCAUCACACGGGCAGCAGGCGUGUGGCGCUGGCGUCCUUCGCCGCCUUCACGGCCGUGUUCGCGGCCUCCCGAGUGGUGCUCUUCCCACUGAUCUUCCUGCCGCUUGGUCUAGUCCACUCUCGGCGCCUCAUCCCGCGGGUGCUGCAGCACUACCCGCUCACCUUUGCCAUCGUGAACGGGCUGGUGGCGGUGCUGGUGGCGAUGCAGUGGAUGUGGUUCGGAGCCAUCCUGAGGAUCUUGCGUCAAGCGGCAAGGGGUGACACAGCUCGUUUAAAGGCCUCAGCGCAAAGCAUGGAACGACCCAUGGGUCACAUUCCCGCCCACAACCACCACCAUCAAGGCGGUGUGCGCGGCAGUGGAGAUGACGACAAGCGCUGCUGCGCCGCCGCCACCGCCGCCAUGACUGACUGUAACGCUGACGUCACUGGCGCCGCCACCGCCGCUGCCGCAGGUGACGUGGCAAUCACUGCGAAUGGCGCAGUCGGUGACGGUCACGUGUUCGUGUCUCUCCACCACCGCCACCGCCACCGCCAACCGCCGACUGUAUGGGGACGUGAGGAUGGGGGCUACGAGGUGGCUCCUCUGGGGGCCCACUUGCGAUCGGGACCCGCAUGUGCAGCAGCAG